CGAUUUUUGUAACAGUACUAAAAACUGCUUACCCUUUUCAGUCUUCCCUGUGGUACUUGAAAAUCCGAAUAAUAAUAAAUUAAAUAAUAAUAAUAAAUUGGCCUGGGCGUUAACAAUGGUCUUCGCCUGCCAAAGGGACAGUUUCCAGAAAGAGUACACUUCUUCUGUCGUCUCUUGCACCCCGGCAGAGUUCAAAAAGCUGUCAAAUGGUAAAAAAGAAAAGAUCAAGUGUUAUGAGGUGGUUUUAAAAGACACGAUCCUCUUUCCUGAGGGAGGAGGACAGCCGUGUGAUUAUGGAACGAUUGAUGGCAUUCCAGUUGUACAUGUUCUAAGGCGAGGGCAGGACGCGGUGCAUAUCGUAGAGUUCCCGCUGCAAGAGGGCCAAGAUGUGAAGCAGGUCGUCGACUGGGAGCGCCGUCUCGAUCACAUGCAACAGCAUUCCGGACAACAUUUGAUCACCGCACUUGCUGACAUCAUGUUCGGCUAUGCCACUACGUCCUGGUCCCUCGGUGCAGAAACCUCAUUCAUCGAACUAGACACACCGGAGAUGACAGAAGAGCAAAUCAAACAACUGGAGGAUGCUGUGAAUGAAAAAAUACGAAAUGGCGUCCCUGUUACGGUCAGCAUACUCGAUGAGAAUGACAUCGAGCUGAACCAGACAAGGACGCGCGGCCUUCCUAAAGACCACAAAGGCAGCGUGAGAAUAAUCACGAUAAAAGAUAUCGAGGCGAACAUGUGCUGCGGCACUCAUGUCUCCAACCUGAGCCAGCUUCAGGCGAUAAAACUCCUUGGGGCGGAGAAGGGUAAAAAGGGGAAGACAAAUUUGCAAUUUCUAGUCGGAUGCCGUGUCUUAAAAUCGCACGGCAAGAUGUACAAAAAGGAGCUGGACUUCAACUUAUUACUUAAGUGUAAUCCAGAUUCACAUAAAGAAAUGAUCAAUAAACUCCUAGCAACAAAUAAGACAUUAGCAAAGAGGGUGCAGAACCUGUUGAAAGAAGUUGCAAGCUUUGAAAUCAGGCUGUUCAAAGCUAAGGAUCCAAGGCCAAAAUAUUUUAUACAUCACAAGCCAGGAGGUGAUAUGGACUAUAUGUAUUUUGUCGUAAGAGAAAUGGACGAUGCUGAUACGCUCCACCUCUUGACCAUAGGGGAGAAAGAAGGAGGGCACGUUUUGAUAGUUGGUCCGGAAGACACAGUCGAAAAGGCAGCUAAGAUAGUGUCAGAGAUCCUUGAAGCGAAAGGAAACAGGAAUGGGACGAGGUAUCAGGCCAAGGUCAAACGCCUAGAUCGGCUCGGCAAGCUGACAGAAAAAAUCUCGCAAAUUAUAAACUAAAUGUAAUAUAAAUUAUAAAUUAGAGCUUUACCAUUUUUUUUC